CUGGUUUCCAGGGAAGGUGGAGCUGGGAAUGAGGAGAAACAGAUUCAAUGACAGGGGCAUGGAAUGAAGGUGAAGGUGAAGGUCAAGAUCCAGGACAUGCAUGAAUUGGUCCAAGCAUAUCUUCGGGGAUUGAUCUGAACAGUAACAUAUUUGAGCCCUUUUACAAUCAACGUGUUAAAUUCAGGAACCCUCGGAUGCCACCAUCAGCUACGUUACUACUUAAGGUUUACACCAUUGACAGAUUCAGUUUGAAGUUGGUUUUGAUUGGCUGGGCAGCUCUAAAUGUCUUUGUGGAGUCAGGCAAUGAAAGGGCCCCAAAUGUGGAUUCUGGAGUGGUUCAGAUCUCACUGAACGAAGGAGCACACCAGCUGCGGUUGUACUAUGAUGGACCUGACCCAGAUAACCCAUUAUCAGUCAAUGCUCUUACAGUAGGAAGGAACAUUCCAUGUGCUACAUUACUGGUGAGAUUGGUGAAGGUACAAACUGACAAGAACCUCCAAGUCUUUGAGAGAGACAAGGUACCCAAAAGUGAAUGGAUUAAACUUGGCCUUUUCCAGCCAAGGCCAAACUAUGAAGAUAAGGUAUACUAUUCGGAUAAGGCCAGACCAACCACAGGUGAAAGUGAUCUGUACAAUGCCAUGGUUAACAGAUCUUUUGUUUCAGUCCAAGAAAUGGUUCCAUUGAUAGCUGACAACAAAGAACAAGACUUUAGGACAGAUAUUGAACUACAAAAUUGGAUUCACAUGAAACUUUCAAAAUGGGUGGAUGAUAAGCUGCUGGCUUUUAACUUGACUUAUGUAAGCAGAUACCUCACUACGUAUGGCAUAAAGUUAUCUGUGGACAGAGCCAAUAAUUUACCCUGGAAUAGCUUCACAUUAGCUCACACAUCAUUCAAUCCACCAGGUGCUUACUAUUACGGCAGUCCCUGGGCAAAAUAUGAUUGCCUGGCGUUCAUAGACAAUGUAGAUUUCAACAGUCUGCAGAAGUGCCCAGUAUGGUCGGAUAAUUUUAAGUCAUUUCCAGGACGGGUUUACAACAAGUACCUCACUGUGAUUAUCCACCUUCGUGAAGUCACUUGCUCCACACUGAAGGCUGAUGCACUGAAGUACGAAAUGAAGGAGCAGGCCUGGACUGCCUUACAGGUGUUUUCUAAAGGUUACUGCAAUACCGCAGUUUAUCAUCUGCCACUGUAUCAAGGAGCUCCUAAUCAGGAUGUCUUGGCUGCGUUAGCAAAGGGAGGCUGUCAGAGUAUUCUGGAUGAUCUUGUACAUAAGAAUACUAUUUUACGGCUGAGGGGUGCGUCAGUGCUUGUCCGUAUUGCGGAUGGAAGAAGGGAUGAAGAGCUGGCAAGAUAUUCUGAACGUCAUAUCAAUAGAUCAUAUUUGUCACCUGAGCUCAUCGAACAGUAUGAACCAGAACCCAAUAAUGUGUUACUGAGGCAGCUGAUUCCUGCUGGCCUGUCUGUGGGAGAGUUCAAAACACAGUUAUCUCAGAAAUUCAGAGAGCUCAUGUCAAGUUGAAGACAAGUUCUCCAAAAGUUCCAGAUUCAUACCAGAGGACCAACAAGCAUCAGCAAGAAACCAAGCUAAUAGUAUCGCAUACUUUCAGCAUUCAGCUAAUAAUAAUGCAAGGGGUUUCUUGACAAAUUACCCACCUUGUGAAAGAUAAGCCUACAUUCAAAAAAAAAGUCACCGGGAAAGACACUGUACGUAACGGAAACCGCAAGUAAAGUUGAAAUAAAAGAUUAAUGAGUAUGUUACUUUCGUUCUUUGGAUAGCCUUGGCAGUAAAGUGGGACUUAGUGUCAUGUAAUAGGCAUCUGGGUUUGGAGUAGGAUUUUGAGAGGCAGAGAGAAGCACCUGAACUCUUGUACAAGUAUUGAAGCAAAAAAUAAAAAACGCAAGCGGAUUAGGAUCUGUAUGAAAUGCACUUAAUGUUGAAUUAUGGGAUCAACUUAUGUAAAGUCUUUGAUUUGUAGAAAUCUCAAUCAAAUACCUAUCCACCCAAUUCAAGUAGCAAAAUGGACAGUGCUUAAGUAACUUGAAUUUUAGCAACUACAAAUUUAAACAUCUGGAAUAAGCAACAGGCCAUCUACAAAUGAAACUGAACCCAAAUGUUUUGGAAUUUGCUCUUGUCUAUUGUCCACAUUUUGGCCGAGUACCCUUACUACUGGAGAAUUGGUGAAUUCAGAUUUUCAUGUAGCUCUAGUUUUAUAUUUGUACAUGGCA